AUGCUCGCCCGCAUCGCACCCGCUCUCUCGCGCGCCGCCGCCGCCCGCGCCGCCGCUCCCGCCAGCGUGCGCUUCUACUCGAAGCCCACGGCGUCCGAGGAGGCCGCCAAGCACGACGACCACUCGCUCUCGCCCGAGGAGCUCGCCAAGCGCACCACGCAGCAGGCGCAGCAGUCGCAGGGCGGCGAGCAGGGCGGCGCCACGCACUCCGAGGAGGCCGUCAAGGGCGCCAACCACGACAAGUCGCCCGAGCAGCUGCAGAAGGAGACGGCCGGCAAGGCCUAG